AUGGUGGUCUUGGUAUUCACUCCCCAGUCAGUGGAUAUUCCGCGACGUCCGGAAAGUUCAGUACAGUUUUGCGCUUCAGUCGGAAGCGGUCCUCACAGUGUCACUUUAGAAAAUCGACCAGUUAUUGUCCCUAAAAGUACCUUGUCGUCACCACCACUUUCGACCUCCUACGAUCGCUGGAUACCUUCCCCACGUACAUGUGGUGCUCGAUUCAACGGCUCCGGUUUUCUGGUGGUAUUUGGCCGUAAUGAACUUGCAAUGCGACGUGUACAAUCCAGCAGGGGCUCGUUUUUGGAUGAAGCGCUUUGGCUUUCAGCUGAAAGGAUUGGAAUAACAGUGAAAGGGGGCUGUUCAUCGAAGGUACAUUGCAAAUCCAUACCAAUAAUGGAUCCAUCAGAUGUGCAAUUUCUGAUAAAUGAGAGGCCUUUGUUUGGCUUAUCGGGUGAUGGGCAAGAAGCACCGGUUGGUGGUGCUACACCACGUUCUCUGGAGGACUACAAACAUGAGCAGCUCUUCUCACCGGAAGAGAUGCAAAUUCGCUUGCAAAACUUAUGCGCAUACGAGAAGUGUACUUCGCCUCUGUGCCAGUCAACGACCGGUACGCCUGUGCUUCCGACCGGCAUGACAUUGAUUCAUCAGAAGUUCGAUUCCAUAAACAGUCGAACAUCCUCACAACAAGCAAUGCGCGCCAGCAAC